AUGGCUAUCGUCCCGUCUCGGUCAAAGGUCGAUCAGUUUUUAACGACAAGUUACUACUCCAAGGCGUGCCCUCUUGCAGAAUCGAUCGUCCAAGCAACCAUGAAAGCUUCUUUCCGUUUACAUCCAAGAAUCGCACCGGCCAUGCUAAAAUUGCUCUUUAGUGACUGUUUCGUCCAAGGUUAUGAUGCCUCAGUGCUUAUCUCGGGACCUAACACCGAGAGAACCGCAGAGGCAAACCUCAACCUUCGCGGGUUCGACGUCAUUGAAGUAAUCAAAAGCCAGAUUGAGUCCGUGUGUCCUGGUGUUGUCUCGUGUGCAGAUAUUUUAGCUUUGGCCGCUCGUGAAGCCGUUGUCCUUACAAAGGGACCGUACUGGGAAGUAAAACUAGGACGUAGAGAUGGAAAUGUUUCAUUGGCAGCCAACGUCAAAAGUCUCCCGUCUCAAACUGAUUCCCUCACCGAGAUGCUCAGAAUAUUUGCUAAUUACGGGCUUAACACUGAAGAUUUCGUUGCUCUCAUAGGAGCGCACACAAUUGGAACUGAGUCUUGCAAGUCAAUCGCGGAUAGGAUAAACAGCAUCGACGGAAUUAAAAAAUACCCAUAA